AUGAGAAGGUCUCUUGGAUGCAAUAAGAAAAGUAGUGGCUUGUUGAAUAGCACUGGAACAGGAAUCUUCUGGCUUCAUGCUCUAGCUACUGCAGCAGUUUUGGGAGAUAAUACUUAUGAUCCAAGCUCUUUAUCUGUUGCAGCUACCACAAAGCAUCCAAAGCACCCCUUCCUGACAAUCUUGAAUGUACUUGAUUUAUUCCCUGUAAUCCUUGGUUCUCUUGAGGAUAUUGCAAAAGUAUCUGAUACAAUAGAUUCUAAUAGAGCUCAAACACUUACAAAUCUUCUGAUGUCCUUUGAUUUUGUGUUUGUGGCACACUUGAUGGUUAGUAUAUUUGCGAUAACAAAUGCUUUGAAUGUGGCCUUACAAAAGCACGAUCAAGACAUUGUGAAUGCAAUGGCCAUGGUUAAUGUAACCAAGACUAAUUUGCAAAAAAUGAGAGAUGAAGGAUGGGAUUCUCAUAUGGAACAGGUCAUUUCUUUUAUUGGUGACUAUGACAUUGCAGUUCCAGAUAUGGAGGCUAAAUAUGUUGUUCUCGGGAGGAGGUUGUUUCGAGGUAAAUGCCCACAAGUGUCUAAUUUACAUCAUUUUCGAGUUGAAGUUUUUUUUGGUGUCAUUGAUCUUCAAUUGCAAGAACUUGAAAAUCGAUUUCCCGAAAUAACUAAAGAACUACUUGUGUGUAUGUCUUGUUUGAGUCCUGUGGAUCGUUUUUCUAAGUUUGACAAGGAAAAAUUGAUUAAGCUUGUGAAAUUCUAUCCUAAUGAAUUUCCAAGUUCAGAAUUGAUAGUCUUUGGUCACACACUUGAGAGUUACAUUUGUUCUGUUAGAGGAGAUGAAAGGUUUUGGAAUUUGAAGGGUCUUAGUGAGCUUUCAAUCAAAUUGGUUGAAACGGGAUUGUCUGAAACUCAUGAUAGGGUCUAUUUACUUUUGAAGUUGGUGUUGCUUCUUCCUGUCGCAACGGCAAGUGUGGAAAGGAUCCUUAUUAUUGUAGAUGCCGUAUGA